CCCUCCCCGGCUGGGCGGGCAAGGACGCCGCCAAGUCCCUCCCACGCAGGCAGCGCGGCGGCGGCCCGUUGUGGCAGCCCGCCUAGCCCCUUUCCACGGGAGGCCGGGCCAAGCCAAGCCGCGGAGGGGCGAAUCUCUCCCCGUCCCCGCCCACUGGGCCGCCGCCGCCUGCUUGCUCCGCUCGGAGGGGCUGUCUGUCGGCCUCCUCACUCACUCACUCAGCCUAGUUCCGCCUCAGGAGGAGCGACGACGACGGCCGCCUGGUCUCCUCCGCCGCCGCCAGGACAUGGGCCUGCCCCGGGUCGGGACGAGGAGGAGGCCGCGAGAGUCGCGAGGAGGCGCAUUUGCAUGCAUGUGGUGGCUACGUCCGCAUGAACAUCAGUGAACACCAUUGAGUAUUUCUGUCAUGAGCUGACAUCAAGAGGGAGUGCCUAGUUCUGGACUGUUCACACAUAUCCUAAGUGUGGGAGUACAUAAUGCUGUGUCUUCACCCAGGAGAGCCACGGGCAGUGAACCUGUAGGAUUAUCCUGGACUCUAAAUCCUAUCUAGUGGGAACUGUACAUAUUCCACAGGAGAAAGUAGCCAGGAGAAAGAAAACAACCAGUCUUGAUUUAAAGACUUGUACCAUCCUUUCAAAAAGACAUAUACCUCUAUGUUAACAUGCCGACUGUGGCUUCUGUCCCUAAGGACCUUUACCUCUGCACUUCGUUGAAAGAUCUUAACAAAAAAACAGAAAUAAAGCCGGAGAAAACCAGUACUAAAAAUUAUGUACAGAGUGCCCUUAAGAUCUUCAAAGCAGCUGAGGAGUGCCGCUUGGACAGAGAUGAAGAGAAGGCCUAUGUACUUUACAUGAAGUAUGUGACUGUGUAUAAUCUUAUUAAAAAGAGGCCCGAUUUCAAACAGCAACAGGAUUAUUUUCAUUCCCUACUUGGACCUACAAACAUCAAAAAAGCAAUUGAAGAAGCUGAAAGACUUUCAGAGAGUCUUAAACUCAGAUAUGAAGAAGCAGAAGUACGGAAGAAACUGGAAGAGAAGGAGAGGCAAGAAGAACAGCAGUUGAAAAAGCAGGAAUCAAAAGAGGAUGCAAAAGUUUCGGCCAAAAACUCUCCAGAAAUUUCAUCGGAUCCCAAAGGAAAAAAUCAAAUGAUCAAUGGUGAGAAGAAGAGCUCAACAGAAAGAAAGGAUCAGUCUGAAACUGGAGCAAUCACAGCAGAGAAAUUAUUUACGAUGAUGAUGGACGAAAGCAUCAAGCUGAUGAUAAUGGAUGCCCGAAGCUUGCAAGAUUAUCAAGAGUCCUGCAUUAUAAACUCUGUCAGUGUUCCACAAGAAGCGAUUAGUCCUGGAGUCACCGCGAGCUGGAUUGAAGCUAAACUCCCGGAUAUUUCCAAAGAGCCAUGGAAGGAGAGGGGGCAGGUCAGUUAUGUGGUCCUGCUUGACUGGUUUAGUUCUGCAAAAGAUCUGCUGUUGGGAACACCCCUGAGAAGCCUCAAAGAUGCACUUUUCAAGUGGGAAAGUAAAGCGGUACUAAAGAAUGAGCCCUUGGUCUUAGAAGGCGGUUAUGAGAACUGGCUUCUCUGCUAUCCGCAGUAUACAACAAAUGCUAAAGUAACUCCACCCCAGCACAGCAAGAAUGAAGCUGUUUCUGUCUCUUUGGACUUUACUUACCCGUCUUUGGAAGAGCCUGUUCCACCUGCAAUACCAGUAGUCUAUGUAAAACCUGUGGUAGAAGUUACUGAAGAUAGUUCAGGUAAUCAGGAAGAGAGAGUAGAGCUCAGACCUCCAGCCCCCAGUGGACCAGUUGCUCCUGCUGCUAAACCUGACAACUUACCUGCCACGAUCCAGCCAGCAUCUUCAGUGAAGAUUAUUCCUCAGAUUGAUCGUACAAAAAAGCCUCCCGCAAAACUGCCAGAUGAUGAGAAUAGGCCCAAAGCUGAAAGCCCAGCGAUUGUUGGCAAGUCGCUUCUUUCCAAUGGAAGAGUGGUCCCGGAUCGUUCCACCAAGCCACCACUGGACGCAAAGCCCACUCUGACAGAGGAGAAAAGCCACGUGCCUGCAGAAAAGGCUUCUCCGCUUGAAGAAGACAAACAAGAAAAAGAACAGGAGAAGCUCAGGCGGGAGAAGCAAGAGCAAGAACAGAAAGCCAGAGAGGAAGAGGAAGGAAGAGAAAGCAGGGAGAACCUCCAGAAAGUGGAAGAGAGGGAAGAACGGGCUAGCAGGGGGCCAGAUGAGAAGCAAGAGCCAGAGAAGGCACCAAAGGAGUUGAUAGAGGUUAGAAAACCAAGUCAAAAUGAGACUGAAAGCCCCGACGUGAAAAAACCAUACGUGGACAAAAUUGCUGCCAGUGAGAGAGAAAAAGUUAUCCGGACACCAGAAGCACAAAGGCGCAAGUUUGUGGAGGAAUCUCGUACGACUGUGAAGGGGGAUGCCAUCUCGAGCAAGCAGACCUGGUUUACAGGAGAACCAGAAAGACAAUCUCAAAAACCAGGAGCCGUUAGAGAGGAUCCUGAACAAGAAUCUGAAAAAAAUAACUCCCAGCGGGAGCCGUUAACAAGAGCCCGGAGUGAGGAGAUGGGGAGGAUAGUCCCAGGACUGCCUGCUGGUUGGGCCAAGUUUCUUGAUCCGGUCACUGGGACCUUCCGCUACUACCACUCGCCAACCAAUACAGUCCAAUUGUAUCCACCCGAAAUGACGCACUCAGCCACUCCGCCUUCCACGCCACCAACCCAUAAAGCGAAACCUCAGGCCCCCGUUGACCAACGGGACAGGGAACACUCCAAACUGAAGCGCUCGUACUCCUCACCAGACAUAACUCAGGCCAUUCAAGAGGAAGAGAAGAAGAAAAUCACCAUCACUCCUGCGGUGAACCGUGAGAAUAAACCAUUAAGCUACACUAAAGCUGAAAUUUCGAGGCUUUCUGCAUCUCAGAUUCGCAAUCUCAACCCUGUGUUUGGAGGAAUGGGACCAGCUCUUACUGGCCUCCGUAAUUUAGGAAACACUUGCUACAUGAAUUCCGUGUUACAGUGUCUGUGUAACACACCACAUCUAGCUGAUUACUUCAAUAGGAACUUCUAUCAAGAGGAUAUAAACAGGUCAAAUCUCUUGGGUCACAAAGGCGAAGUGGCAGAAGAGUUUGGCAUAAUCAUGAAGGCCCUGUGGACUGGGCAAUACAGAUACAUCAGUCCCAAAGACUUUAAAAUUACCAUUGGGAAGAUCAACGACCAAUUUGCAGGGUACAGUCAGCAAGACUCUCAAGAAUUGCUUCUGUUUCUAAUGGAUGGACUCCAUGAAGACUUGAAUAAAGCUGACAACAGGAAGCGUUACAAGGAAGAAAAAAAUGACCAGCUGGACGACCUCCGAGCCGCCGAUUUGGCCUGGCACAAGCACAAGCAGCUCAAUGAGUCGAUUAUCGUGGCCCUCUUCCAAGGCCAGUUCAAAUCCACGGUGCAGUGUCUGACGUGUCACAAAAGGUCUCGGACCUUUGAGGCUUUCAUGUAUCUGUCCUUGCCUCUUGCAUCCACCGGUAAAUGCACCCUACAGGAAUGCCUUAGAUUAUUCUCCAAAGAAGAGAAACUGACAGAUAACAAUAGAUUUUAUUGUAGUCACUGCAAAACGCGAAGAGAUUCUUUGAAAAAAAUAGAAAUCUGGAAACUGCCCCCUGUUCUUCUGGUACAUUUGAAAAGAUUUUCCUAUGAUGGACGGUGGAAACAAAAGCUUCAAUCAUCUGUUGAUUUUCCUCUGGAAAGCCUUGACCUUUUGCAAUAUGUUAUUGGCCCAAAGAGUAACCUGAAGAGGUACAACCUGUUUGCCGUAUCUAAUCAUUAUGGGGGACUUGAUGGAGGACACUACACAGCCUACUGCAAAAGUGCGACCAAACAGCGGUGGUAUAAGUUUGAUGAUCAUGAAGUCUCGGAUAUUUCCUCAUCCUCCGUUAAAUCCUCAGCCGCUUAUAUCCUCUUUUACACUUCUUUUGAACAGCGAGUCGCUGACAUAGCCACAUAAACCAACCUUUUGAAGAAGAUUGGCUUUGUUUUAUAAUGCAUCAUAAUAAUCCCCGGCUGUGCUGGAAAAUGGCUGCAGCUGUCUCACACCUACAAUAUCUAUUAGUGCUAUUGCUUAAAUCUGAAGACCAAAUGGUUAAACUGCUGUUAAGACUAAACAAUUGGUUUCAAGAGAAUUUCAUUUUUAGUGCUGCUCCAAAACUAUAACUCUAGCUUAGUCAUUAAUGUACGGGUUUAAGAGGUUUUGAAACCCAAAGCAUAUCUUUCUUUUCUCUCCCACGUUUAUGGCCUUUUGACACUUCUAACCUUAAGCUUGAUUCUACUGUGAAUAUCUUAGAAUGAUGUAAACAGGUAGGAAUGUACAUGUACAUAUUGACUGCAGACUUGCACAUCCAGACUAUGUAUAUAAUAAAGAUAUGUGGUCCUUUCAGAACUAUGAGAAUGAAGAGGGUUGAUUUUUGUUCUAAAAUAAAUACUUUUUUUCCGUAUCAGUAGGGGAAAGAGCAGAGCUGUAUUUUUCUGUUGAGCUUUUGUCAAUCUGCACACCUUGAAAUUGUAUUCUACAGAACUAAAGAUUUCCUUUUUAAUUUUUUUAAGAGAAGAGUUUGAUGUACUCCUGUAUUAAAAGAAACUUAUCGGUGAAACAUUUAAAAAAUACAGUAGUCUGUUAAAUGUU